AGGGCUGUCAGGAGCCAUGGCCCAGCAGUGGGGGCCCCACAGGCUCACAGGUGGGCAGCCGCAGGGUGCCUAUGAGGACAGCACUGGGGCCAGCGUCCUUGUGUACACCACCAGCAGCAACACCACCAGAGGCCCCUUCGAAGGCCCCAAUUACCACAUUGCCCCCCGGUGGGUGUAUCACCUCACCAGCGCCUGGAUGCUCUUCGUGGUCCUUGCCUCCGUCUUCACCAACGGGCUUGUGCUGGUGGCCACCAUGAGGUUCAAGAAGCUGCGCCACCCUUUGAACUGGAUCCUGGUGAACUUGGCAGUGGCUGACCUGAUAGAGACCGUCAUCGCCAGCAGCAUCAGCGUGGUGAAUCAGAUCUACGGCUACUUUGUCCUCGGCCACCCUUUGUGUGUCGUGGAGGGCUACACUGUCUCCCUCUGCGGGAUCACAGGCCUCUGGUCGCUGGCCAUCAUUUCCUGGGAGAGAUGGUUGGUGGUCUGCAAACCUUUUGGCAAUGUGAGAUUUGAUGCCAAACUGGCGACCGCAGGUAUUGCCUUCUCGUGGGUCUGGGCUGCCAUCUGGACUGCCCCGCCCAUCUUUGGUUGGAGCAGGUACUGGCCUCACGGCCUGAAGACCUCGUGCGGGCCCGACGUGUUCAGCGGCAGCUCGUACCCCGGGGGGCAGUCCUACAUGAUCGUCCUCAUGACCACGUGCUGCAUCAUCCCUCUCAGCAUCAUCGUGCUCUGCUACCUGCACGUGUGGCUGGCCAUCCGUGCGGUGGCGAAGCAGCAGAAAGAAUCCGAGUCCACGCAGAAGGCUGAGAAGGAGGUGACGCGCAUGGUGGCGGUGAUGAUCCUGGCCUUCUGCUUCUGCUGGGGCCCCUACGCGUUCUUCGCGUGCUUCGCCACUGCCCACCCUGGCUACGCUUUCCACCCUCUGGCGGCAGCCUUGCCAGCCUACUUUGCCAAAAGUGCCACUAUCUACAAUCCCAUCAUCUAUGUCUUUAUGAACCGGCAGUUUCGGAACUGCAUCUUGCAGCUUUUUGGGAAGAAGGUGGAGGAUAGUUCUGAACUCUCCAGCAUCUCCAAAACGGAGGCCUCAUCUAUCUCUUCAGUUUCACCUGCAUGAGUCUCCCCAGCCCUGACAACAAAGGGUUCUGCCUCCCUCAGGAAAUAAAUAACUCCCUCUCCCUGUCCCACCCAUUGGGGCUUUGGUCACGACUCCUCCCCCUGGGAAGUAAAUGUACUUUCUCUUUGCCUCCCCC